CCACUUGUUGUUUUUCUCUGUGAGAAGAACUCUGUUUUUUCCUUAAGCGGAUGGAUCAGUUGAGCUCUGAGCCAAAAGCAGCCACUCCGGAGAGGAGCAUCAUCAGCGGAGAUAACCUCCAGUUUGGAAAGAUGCGGCGCCACACCCGCUUGUCCCAGUCAGAGCAUCAGAACUCGGGCCCCGAGGAAGAAAACUUGGGCUCGUCCUUGGAGGCCGGCGGCUCCUACGGAAGGAGCCCCGGCGUCCACGCAGAGAUCUUCAAGCAGCAGUCCUUUUCCCCGAGGAGCCCCAACACCAGGGGCCACUGGGCCAAACGCUCCCAACAGGAAUCUUCCCAGAUCCCCACGGUCAAGUCAUCCGGUACCCCCCACCGUCGCUAUAGCAGGGGCCGCUUCCGAACAUCAUCCGAGACUGAGAAGGGAGGAAAAGGCAGCAGGGACCCCAAGUUUCGGAAGAAGGGCCUCUCUGAGAGCGACAACAGCACCAUCAUGAGUGGACUCGAGUGCCUUGCUGCCGAGAAAGUGUGGUUUGACAAGAACCGCUACGAUGAGGCCGAGAGGAAGUUCUACGAGGGCGCUAAUGGACCUGCCCCCAAGCAGCAACAGGUGAAAAGCGCUGCGCCCCAACAGGCCAAAGGGCGCCAGUACAAGCGCCAACACAGAAAUUCUUCCUCACAGUCAGGAGAGCAGGAGCUGAUUGGCCGCAUGAAGAGCCUGGAGUUGGAGAACCAAGCUUUGCACAAAGUGGUCCGCGAUAUGCAGGCUGCCUUGCAGAAGCUUGAAUCCAGAGUUGUUCAGCUAGAGAAGACCCCGGGGUCAGCAGCAGUCCCAGUAGUCAAGGCCGCUCCCGCCGUCAAAGCUGCGCCUGCAAAACAGGCGGAAGAAAACGGGGACGAAGACGACGACAUGGACUUGUUCGGCAGCGAUGACGAAGAUGAAGAGGCGGCCCGUCUAAAGCAAGAGCGCGUGGAAGCAUACGCUGCCAAAAAGGCCAAAAAGCCCACCCUGAUCGCCAAGUCAUCCAUCUUGUUGGACGUCAAGCCCUGGGACGAUGAGACAGACAUGGCCAAGCUGGAAGAGUGUGUGCGCUCGGUGCAGAUGGACGGUCUCCUGUGGGGUGCGUCCAAGCUUGUGCCGGUAGGCUACGGUAUCAAAAAGUUGCAGAUCAACUGCGUGGUGGAGGACGACAAAGUGGGGACAGACAUUUUGGAGGAGGAGAUCACCAAGUUUGAGGACUUUGUCCAGAGUGUCGACGUUGCUGCCUUCAAUAAGAUCUGAACAAAGAGCUGCUGUUUGAUGGGUCAAUAAAAUUUAAAAA